AUGUCUCAAAAAGCUUGUUACGUGUGCGGUAAGUUGGGCCAUUUGGCUGACAACUGUGACUCUGAGCGGUUAUGUUACAACUGUAACAUGCCUGGUCACAUCCAAUCAGAAUGUACUUUGCCCAGAUCUGCCGAACAUAAACAGUGCUACAACUGUGGUGAGACCGGUCACGUUAGAGGUGAGUGCAACAUCCAAAAGUGUUUCAACUGCAGCCAAGCAGGUCACGUUUCUAGGGACUGCACUGAGCCAAGAAGAAGCCGCUUCAGCAACAGCAGCAGGUCUUCCUUCUCUGGUCGCCUCAACAAGGUUUCGUGCUACCGUUGCGGUGGCCCAAACCACAUGGCAAAGGACUGUUUGCAAGAUGAGACUAAGUGCUACUCAUGUGGGAAGUCUGGCCACAUCUCGAGAGACUGCCCAAGUGGCCCAUCGGAGAAGACUUGUUACAACUGUAACGAGUCCGGCCACAUCUCGAGAGACUGCCCAGUUCAUUAA